CCGCGCCUCGACACACAAUGAAGCUCAACGAAGACGAUCUAUACCGCACCUCGACGCAGUUCCGCCAGUGGUCUUUCACCGCCGAGCAACUCGCCGCCCAACGCGCAAAAACAAACCUCCAAGCCACCGAGCGCGUCAAGCUCAAUGUUGCGCGACAACGCGCCCAGCGCGUCCAAGCAGCAGAACUCGACAGCACAAGCGGGAAUUCGGGCAUCGAUGGUAGCGGAGCGAACACGCCCAAUGCGGUAACAUCAGACAAAGAGGUGGACUGCUUGACAGUCACUGAAGAGAUGACGUUUGUGGAGGAGUUCUGCGAGCGAACUAUGGCCUUAGGCGCACACUGUAAAUUCAGUGACAACGUUAUCGCAACAUGUGUACAGUUCCUGCGUCGCUUUUAUCUGUACAACUCGCCCAUGACCUACCACGCCCAGAACAUUAGCCGGACAGCCAUGUUUCUUGCUGGUAAAUCUGAGAGCGAACACCAGAGCUUGGAUCACUUUGCAACAAACAUCUCCUCGGAGAAGACGAAGGUCACCCCAGAGCAGAUACUGGCACCCGAGUAUCUCAUUGUGCAGGCACUGCGCUUCAACUUCGAUGUCAAGCACCCAUUCAGAGCGCUCAAAGGUGGAGUGCUCGACAUGAUGAGCAUAGCAAAUGGGAAGUACGAAGGACCGAAUCACAGCAUCCACAAGACCGCUGCAGACUUGAGUACCGCAAUACAUCAAUUGCCACGUAAGACUGGCGGUCUGGCAGCAAAGGCAACCUCUCAGCAGCUUGCGGAUCGCAUCAUGCGCGAGUCAUAUUCCCCUGCGGCUCAGACAUUGAAGAAGACCGCCGCCCUUACAGAUGUCUACUUCCUUUACACACCAUCCCAGAUCUGGCUUGCAGCGUUACUCUUGGCUGAUGAGCCGCUCGUGCUCUUCUACCUCUCGGUCAAGAUGCCUUCUACUUCGCCAGUGUACGAAAAAGUUAUCGUCGCCCUUCGCGAAUGCGCCCUGAUCCUGUCUUCACAUCGAUCGCACCAAAAGCUCCACCUUCCGGCAGACGAGCAGGCGAGAAUGGACGCUGAGCACAGAGCUGAGGUUAAGAGACUCAUCAAGAAGCUCAAACUCUGUCAAGAUCCUGACAAGUUGGAUCUCGUCAAGCUGAACCAGGCGCAAAAACGCGACGCGGUGCAAGGUUCAGAUCUGGACGUGCACAAGGCAAAGCGCCGGAAAAUGGACCGAGAGAACUUCCAGAAGGACUCUGAUACUUUUUGGGGCCCUGAACUGCCAACCUACGGAGCAAAGCCUGCGUAGACGGUAUUUUGAUCUUGAUUGGAGCAAGCAUAGCGUGGCGUUCAGGUCUUUGUAAGGUAUACACCAAGAUUUUCU